AUGUUGAAAAAUGAUGUAAUACUACUAGUAUAUGUUUGUACUAUCAGCAAUACUAUCAGAAAUUCUAUCGGUGGUAUUGAUAAUUUCAAUGCUGCCAAUGUUGGUGGCAGUAAUAAUCCUAGAUUAGAUGAUAUGGCUACUCAUAUAAUAACACCAAUCAAAUUAAAAAAUCAUCCUGGUAUUUUUCAUCCCAAUAAAAAAAUGAGAGCAGAACUAGAUGACGAUAAUUAUAACGGAGAAAUUUCUUUUACAUCAAGUAUACCCAGAGAAUCUGGUUGUAGUUGGUGUAACGAAACUACUCAUACCGAAGAAGUAUGCGAAUCACAGCUCCGUAUUCAUGAAGUGCCUUGGAGACAAUAUAAAUUAGAAGAUCCACCAGCAAAUCACAGACCUAGAAAAGUAUAUUGCUUUAAAU